AACAAACAGGAACCUAUUAUUGAGAGAGAGAGAGAAGAAGUAGACAGAGGAGAGAGUGUGUGUUGUGUUGUGUGUUUUUUAGCAUCUCCAAAUCCAAAGAACCGUUUGUUUCGUCAUUUUUAUCACAAACAAAAAAUUUCCCAUUUUUCUCCUUUUAGAGAGAGAAGAUUACAAGAGAGAGAAGAAAAAAAAUUGUGUUUUUUUUUUUUUUUUGCGGGGUGUUGAAAAUUGCAAUGGUUGAAGUGGAAAUCGAAUUCGAAACAAGGGUAUGAGAAGAAAAAAUUGUAUCUUUUUUUGAUGGGUUUGUUUGAAAUUAUGAUCUUGUGAAAACCCAGAAAGGAAAUCUUCGAUGUGUUGAUAGAUAGAGAGAUUUUGAGGAUUUUUUGUGUGGUCCGUUGAUUGAAAAAUGAGCGGUGGCGAUGAGGUUGUUGUAGCUCCGGAGGAACCAGUGCAACCGUUGGAGUGGAAAUUCUCGCAGGUUUUUGGUGAACGUGCGGCUGGAGAGGAAGUUCAGGAAGUGGACAUAAUAUCUGCUAUUGAAUUCGACAAGUCUGGUGAUCAUCUUGCGACCGGUGAUCGUGGUGGCCGAGUAGUUCUCUUUGAGCGGACAGAUUCAAAAGAUCAGCAUGGAUCAAGAAGUGAUUUGGAGAGGAUGGACUAUUCUGUUAAUAGGCAUCCCGAGUUCCGUUACAAAACCGAGUUUCAGAGUCAUGAGCCUGAGUUUGACUAUCUUAAGAGCUUGGAAAUAGAAGAGAAAAUUAACAAAAUCAAAUGGUGCCAAACAGCUAACGGGGCUGUAUUCCUUCUAUCUACAAACGACAAAACAAUCAAAUUUUGGAAGGUUCAAGAAAAGAAGGUGAAGAAAAUUUCUGACAUGAAUAUUGACUCUUCAAAAGCAACGGGAAAUGGAUCUAUUGCUAGUUCAAGUAAUUCCAGUAGCUCUAAGCCACAUCUUGCAAAUGGAGGACCUUCAGAUAAAUCAUAUAGCUAUCUAAGCAAUGAUUUCUCAUUUCCACCUGGAGGCCUACCUUCGCUAAAAUUACCCUCGGUAGUAGUUAGCCAUGAGACCAGUCUGUUGGCUCGUUGUCGUAGAGUAUAUGCACAUGCUCAUGACUAUCACAUCAAUUCUAUUUCAAAUAACAGCGAUGGAGAAACUUUCAUAUCAGCUGAUGAUUUGCGAAUAAAUCUUUGGAACUUAGAAAUUAGCAGUCAAAGUUUUAAUAUAGUCGAUGUAAAGCCUGCAAAUAUGGAGGAUCUGACUGAGGUUAUAACAUCAGCAGAAUUUCACCCUACACAUUGUAAUACAUUGGCAUAUAGCAGCUCAAAGGGCUCAAUUCGUCUUGUUGACUUGCGGCAGUCAGCUUUAUGCGAUUCUCAUGCCAAAUUAUUUGAGGAACAGGAGGCCCCUGGGUCCAGAUCCUUUUUCACUGAGAUUAUUGCUUCUAUCUCAGAUAUAAAAUUUGCAAAGGAUGGAAGAUAUAUACUUAGUCGCGAUUACAUGACUCUGAAGUUAUGGGACAUAAAUAUGGAUUCUGGCCCAGUUGCAACUUACCGUGUUCACGAGCAUUUAAGGCCAAGGCUAUGUGAUUUAUACGAAAACGAUUCAAUUUUUGAUAAGUUUGAAUGUUGUCUCAGUGGUGAUGGAUCACGUGUUUCAACCGGGUCUUACAGCAAUCUAUUCCGUGUGUUUGGUUGUGCCCCUGGAAGUACUGAGGCUACAACUUUGGAAGCCAGUAAAAAUCCAAUGAGACGACAAGUUCCAACGCCUUCAAGGCCUUCUAGAUCAAUCGGGAACAGCAUCACAAGAGUUGUAAGACGCGGAGCUGAGAACACCGGUGUCGACGCAAAUGGAAAUUCUUUUGAUUUCACAACAAAGUUACUACACUUAGCAUGGCACCCAAGUGAAAACUCAAUUGCUUGUGCUGCUGCAAAUAGCUUAUACAUGUACUAUGCAUGAAGAAAGAUGGUUGAAAGACAUACAUUUGCUUGGUUAACCUGUUUCCGUGGUUGCUAUGAAGAAGUCUUCUUUAGCCUUCUUACCAACCAUUAAGUUGGAGGCUACAUUAACUCACACACUACAAAGUGCCCUUCAAAAUAUUUAGCAGGAGCUCAUAGAAAAAACGAUCCAGAAGUGGCAUAUUUUUUUUCUUUACAAAUUUCAUCCUUCUUCUGACCCUAAUAUUCUUUCCCCUCCUUUUUGUGUAUCUUUUUGUGAAAAGAAGGUCCAGUCAAUGGUUCAUACUGUAUUUGGCUUGCAAAUGAAGAAGAAAAAUGUGAUUGUAGCUCUCCUACAACAGAUAAAGAUAAAAGAUAAAAAAUGUAGUUUAUUUUCUUUCUGCCUUAGAUAAGAUAGAUAUGUCUUGUGGGAUGGAGCAGUGGAAACAAUGCAGUGCAUCAUUUUUUCAUUGAUUAUUUUUGUGUUGGGAAUUUUAUUUUGACAAUGUUUCAAUGUCUAGUGGUUUUGUUAAACAGAUCAAUUUUAUGUAUAAUGUUAAAAGGAAGUAAUAAUUUUAUGUAUAAUGUUAAAGGAAGUAAUAGUUAAAAGAUUAUGAAA